UAUUCUCGAUCGUCAUCUCGUCCCGUUCGUCUGACGAGCGAAAGCGCGAUCGGAGAACCGAAAGAAUCGAAAUGGCGGCCGCGGCGGCGUUCGAGGUCGCGGGCGGCGGAGGAGGCACGCUGUCGGAUCUGUACCAGAGCGCGAAGCGAGCGCUGCUGAGGACCAGGGAUGGGAUGGAGCGGCUGGAGCGGCUCGAGUGCUCCUCCUCCUCCUCCUCCUCCUCCGGCGGCGGCGGCGGCGGAGGGCUCGAGUCGCAAGAGCUCUCGAGCUCCAUCAAGAGGGACAUCGCUCAGAUCCAAUCCCUGUGCGUGGAGAUGGAACGCCUCUGGCGCUCCAUCGCCGCCAAGUCCCAGCGCGAUCUCUGGAAGAGAAAGGUGGAACAGGUAGCUGAGGAGACUGAAUCAUUGAAGGAGAGUUUGGAUAAGCACUUCCUGAGGAACCAGAAAAGAAUGAUGGAAGCAAAAGAGAGAGCAGAGUUGCUCGGAAGAGCUAAUGGAGACUCUGCACAUGUUCUGAGAAUUUUCGAUGACGAAGCUCAAGCGAUGCAGUCUGCCCGUAAUUCAGCCCGGAUGCUUGAAGAAUCCUAUGCAACUGGAGUAGCUAUCCUCUCCAAAUAUUCUGACCAACGUGACCGCUUAAAGAAAGCUCAAAGGAAAGCUCUGGAUGUUCUUAACACUGUUGGACUCUCCAACUCCGUGUUGAAGCUAAUUGAGAAGCGACACCGUGGUGAUAGAUGGAUCAAAUAUGCAGGCAUGAUUUUGACCAUUGUCAUACUGUUUGCAUUCUGGAGGUGGACGAGAUGACCUUAAAUCUGUAAGCACAACAAACCAUUGCUUUCCGUUCACCUUUGCACAAAUUUUCCAUCUGGAUGUCACCAAAGUAGGGAGAGAGUUGCAGAAGGCCAUGCUUUAGGGUGCAAGUGCAGUCAUAACUUGGUGUACUGCGGAAACUUGUAUGAUCCUUCUAGAGCAAAUAUAGUUUCCGUACUGAGCGAAGAUGUUGAAUUGAAAUGUGGGAGUCUCAACAUACAGCUUCGGUGGUGCAUUUUUUCUUUUUUUCACAGAAACUACACAAUUGCCCAGCACUCGCUGCCAAAAUGGUCUUCAUCUUGUGCUUUUCAACAUUACAAAAUUAAGUGCCGUGAGCCUCUUGCAGCCAUCUGACGCAUCAUAGGAAAAAGAAGCUGGGGAAAGUGAUUGGAGGUAGAGUUGAGACGACGCAGGAGUCUGGGCAAACAGGUGAAUAUUUUCUACUCGGUAAUUGGCCACUGGUAAACGCGGAGCAGAGCCUCGGAAGGAUCGGCUGUUGAUUGGGAGAAUUUCGAAAAGACAUUAUUUGCGGACAAUGUUGAUAUCUCCUCUGCCUCAUGAAUAUUUGUUAUUGACUAUACGGAUCAUACUUGUUUCAGGUUUUCAGCUGUCUUCUUCCCAAUAGACUUUUUCCUGACCUGUCGGUGUGUAAUCUCUAGAUUCUAUCUUUCCAUACUUGAAAGCUUACAAGUAAAGCCGUGCAGCC